CCCAAUCUCUUCCUCCUGCAGCUGCACCACUUUCCUUCCCCUUCCUCAUUUCAGAGUGACGGCUUGGGUAGCAUGUUUGUUCGCUGAGAAGAACAGGUUGAAGCUGGGUAGCUAUGUUUCUUCUCAUUUUCCCCUCUCAACUCUUACAUUGAUCGAACUUGGUAAUAUUUUAAUGAAUGGAUGGGCUUUUAGGGUUUUCCACUGGCGGUCACUGUUAGCAUCUCUUUCCCCCCUUUUUUUUUAUAAUUUUCUGGAAGAAGUCAAAUUUAUUUUGCUUUUAUUGAAAUCGUUAUUGGGAUGGACCUACUUAAGGUUAACGGUUAAGUCAGAACUCAUUAAGCGAUAAACACAGUAGGAAAACGGCACCAGUUUCAUAAGGUUCAGGUUAAAGUUAAGGGUAAAGCUAAUUUCUUUUUACUACCUAUAAUUGAUUCCGGCGUUUGAGUGUUAAACGUGGAUGGAAAAUGCAGUCGGCUGAUGGAGUCGGUCACAUUGUUGUCAUACAGGAGAAACGGAGUAGGCAGAAAGUUGCCUUCUUGUGUUGUGUUGUGUUGUGCUUGCUCCAUUGUUACUAAUGAGUUCCUCAAAAGAACGAGCCAAAAAGGCAUUGAAAGCCAUGACUGCGAUCGGUUUAUCUGCUGACGAAGUGAAACCAGUGCUGUUACAGUUGUUCAAGGCAUCUGAAAAAAACUGGGAUUAUAUCGAAGCUGACAAUUACCAAGUGCUUGUGCAAACAUUUUGGGAGCUUCAGGAAGCUAAGUUAGCUGAAGACGAGAAAAAAGGUGACAAGGACGAUUUUCUGCUUGGAAAGCGUCCCCGGAUGGAAGCGAUUGAGCUGUGCGAAGACCAAGCUUCCUGUGAUGUUGAGGUUUUCAGUGAAAGCCUUGGUUAUGCACAAGAUCCUUACACACCGAUGAACGAUAUCGCCUCUGGAACCAGAGAGUCUUCACAAGUGCAAGGCGGGUCUUCUGCCACACCUACUGUGAUGGUCCAGACGGUUACUGAGGGCCGGCUGAAUGACAAGUUUCUUGAAGAUUGUCUGUCCAUGAAAGCCAACCCUCAACAGCAUCAUUUGUUCUUUUGCCAAGACUGUCCACUUGAGAGAGCCAAGAAUGAGCAUUUUCCUGCAAAAUGCAACGGUCACUUGAUCAGAAAGUUUAUUAAAGAGUGUUGGGUCAAAUGUGGAUGUGCUGAGGGCUGUGGGAAUCGAGCUGUGCAACGGGGCAUCAAUUGCAAUUUGCAGGUCUUUAUGACACAUGCAGGCAAAGGUUGGGGGGUCAGAGCUCUCCAGGACUUGCCUAAGGGAACCUUUGUCUGUGAAUAUGCUGGGGAGAUAUUGACGAACACCGAGUUAUAUGAGCGGAAUAUGACUGGUGGUGGCAAGGGAAGGCACACUUACCCUGUUACUCUUGAUGCUGACUGGGGUUCCGAGAAAACUCUUAAGGACGAGGAAGCACUUUGCUUGGAUGCUACCUACUAUGGCAACGUAGCAAGGUUCAUUAACCACAGAUGCUAUGAUGCAAACUUAACUGACAUUCCUGUUCAAGUGGAGACCCCUGACCGACAUUAUUACCAUCUUGCUCUUUUCACAGUAAGAGACGUGAAGGCUCAAGAGGAAUUGACUUGGGAUUAUGGAAUUGACUUUGCGGAUGAUGAUCAUCCAGUAAAGGCAUUCAAGUGUCGUUGUGGAAGCAGAUUUUGUCGAGACAACAAGAAGCUGAAAAGGAAGUUGGUUGUGGUACUUGACGAUUGAUGAAUGAUUCAAGGAAAGAGAAGAAACCUAAAUGGGAGUUUUUGGUCAUUUUUAUCUUUCAAUAAGUGUAAAUGGGUCAGGAAGAAAGAGUAAAAAAGGGCCUUUGAACAUUUUGGAGGUUUCUUCAGGUACAAGCUUUGGUUGGCAGAAGAUCUGCAGAAGCAUAUGAUAUGUAAUGAAUUAACGAUGAACAUUUCCACAAACUGUAGGUACUGUACAGGCACAGACUCACUUUUGGCAAGGAAAAAAAGAUGAACAAGCUCAGUUUAGAGAUGGAAAGAAUGCAUUAUGAGUUUGUAUUUGAUCUUAGACGUAAUGGGUGCUUAUCUAUUCUAUGCUUAAGCUUUGACUACC